AUGCCUGUGACGGCAGGCGGCGUAGGUAGCUGCCCCCUCCCGCCCGAAGGGGGACCAAUGCUCACUCUGUCCACCUGCGGUCCGGGGGGCCUGCGCUCUGGAACCACCACCUGGGGUCCCCGGACCCCCUGGUCCCAGGUAAAUGUGAACGGAGACAGGUGUGAGAGCCUGUGCUCGACCUUGGUGCCCCCCCAGCCCCCCGCCCCACGCACCCCAGCCUCACGACGGUGCUACCUAGGAAAGUCUUCCCCCCGCCCCACACUUGCCUGGUCAGAGGUCAGCCAAUUGGAGGAGGAUCCGACGGAGCGUGUCAAUGUGAAGUAA